AUGGACGGCCAGGCAUCAACGCAGGAAUCCACUCAGCUAGGCCUUGAGGCUUCUGUGGUUGUCGCAGAGCGGAUACUAGAACCUAUCGUCGUGACACAGUCGAAGGCUGGCGGGAUGGUCAUAUCCUCUGCUCCCGAAGACGGGGGCGGGAAUGACGACUUGCUCUUGAAAACGUCCGAAACCGUCCUGCAGAUGGCGGAAAUGGCUCGAAUCAACAAUGUCAACGAAGAGAUCAGGGUCUUCUACAGCCACCUGGGAUUCCACUGCAUUAGACUGCGAGACCACGCAAGGCGCGCACGGCAGUCCUCAUCUCGACUCAACGGUGAACUGGUCAAUCAAACUCUGGGCCACCUCGACUCUUUAGUCCCCAAGAGCAAUCUCCAGGAGCUGCCGCCAUACACCGUCACGUUGGAGUUUCGUCUCGGAGCACUCAACCUUCAUUGGAGCGAAGUACGAAAACAGCAUGACGAGACGAAACUCGAAUUCAUCAACCGAUGGUUGAUGCCUGGGACAUCCGAGGAGCAGCGAGGCGAGGUGGACAAAAGGCUAGAAAGCUGUGCGGACGACUUCGACAAGCAACAGCCCGAGCAGUCUUCUUCCAAUAAAUCCGUCGGCAAAUUUGCGUCCCCGGACUUUGGUGAACCAUCAUAUGCCGUCUGGAAGGCGGCUCAGUCCAUCUUUGAUGCAUUGUUGGACUGCAAGGGAUGCUCCUGUCCUAGCCAACAUGAGUUUGGGGCAAAACUCGAAUUGGGCACGUACCGAAAGCCCGAGAAGAAAAUCGACAUGAAACCGCCCGUCAAGUCCCUUCGAAAUCGGGUUCGAAAAUCUCGUGGUGAUGAGGCAGCCGGGGAGCUUGAUUUCGACAUGUUUCUCUCCAUGGAGCGGGAUUGGCACGAGGUCCGCAUCCGGAUCGCCAAAGAGAGAGGCGUCUGCUUCAGUCUUCCAGGUGAGGUGGUGCCACCUCGUAGUAGCAGCGCCAUCGACGGACACGCAAAGGUGGACAGGCUAUGCAAACCCAUUGCCAAGACGAAAGCGAAGGCCUUGCAACGCCUUGUGUUGAAGCUCACCAGUGGGCAACUCUUCGAGAUGGGAUUUGAGAAGAGCAACUCUCGGAUCGACAAGACCGCCAAAUCAAUCUCUCUCUCUCAAUGUUUCGAAGGGCGACACGAGUUCUUCACGGAGAAGACGAAGCGAAUCCUUUCGCUCAUCAUCGGCUACACGGUUCUCCACCUGAACGGCACUUCCUGGCUCCUGCCAGGGUGGGGAUCAGCAGACAUCAAGUUCUUCCAGACAACCUCGUGCCAGACUCCCUUGCGACCAUUUAUCCAAACCCAGCUGCCCAAGGGCAGUCCUGCCGGAGCGACCCCCGAUUUUCAACUCGUAGUGGACAGUGGGGAAGGCGACGAUGAGGUAUCGGACGAGCUAGAUUCAGGGCAUCGCUGCCCGGCAGUGGUUGCCCUGGCCGUGAUCCUGAUGGAAGUGUAUUUCGUCAAACCAUUCAAAAGAUUGGCCGAGAUGCAUGAUAUCCCACUGAUUGAGGAUCCCAGCGGCCGCAUUCCCCUCAUCGACGUGGACCAAGUGUUCAAUGGCGAUGAGGAAUUCGAGGAGGAGGGAUGGCGAUCCCAGAUCCCCGAAGACUCUCCUCUCCUGACGGCCAUUGACAACUGCUUAGAUGUCGCAUUGUGGGAGGACGAAGAAGGCCAGGCGCUCGACAGUGGAACGCUCAGGUCGCGGAUAUAUCAAGAGGUUGUUCGGCUACUGGAGCUUCACCUGACCCACGGCUUCAGCCAGAUCCCUCUGGACGGCGUCGACAAAUAUGCCAGGAAUCUGGAUUUUGGAAACUGGGGUCAGGUCAUGACCAGCCAGGAGCUGGACGGCCAAGGCGGUUCGUUGCCCCCGGUUAUCACACCGACACGCACCCCAUCACCCGCGUCUAUGAUGCUGCCAAACCAAGUCGGAGUCUGUCCGAUUUCGCCCGAUCUCUGGAAACAUAUGCAUCAAUUUUCACAGUUCAAUUCUCUCUUCUCAUAUCCGACACCGGAUCUGGAUUCCAUGUUAAAUUCCGAUGUUGGAUACAAGGUAUCCUGUUACUUGACAUGGAAAUCCGAAUACGAAAAGGUCUACCAGAAAUUCAUCACCAAUCACCUUCGGAACACUCCCUCAAAACCAGUAAAAAUUGCGAUUCUCGACACAGGCAUCGACAGAGAUCACUACUCCUUCGAAGCUCGCGAGGACAACCUCGGAGGAAAGCUCAAUUGUUGCAACGAGUCCCAGAAGAACGUCCCGGAUAGAAAUGGACAUGGCACCUUCGCUGCGAGUCUGAUUCUCGACUAUGCUCCAGAUGCGAUGCUCUACGUCAUCAAAAUCACGGACGAGGAAAAUGCGAGACCAGACGCGAAGAUCGUAGUGAAUGCGAUCAACCACGCGGUCGACAAAUGGGAUGUAGACAUCAUCUCCAUGUCGUUUGGGUGGCCGUCUUCCGACUUUGACGGCCACGACGCCCUCCAAACCGCCAUAGACGAAGCAUACAGCAAGAAAGUCCUUAUGUUCGCCGCUGCUGCCAACAGCGGCGGCCGACUAGGCCGGGCAUAUCCUGCCAGCAGCUCACAGGUCAUCUGCGUGCAUUCAACCAAUACAUACGGGAGGGCAUCUGACUUCAGUCCGACGGCUGAGCUCAACACCGUUAACAUUGCGACGGUCGGCGAGUCGAUCCAGUCGGCGUGGCCGAUACUGCUCUGCCGCGACAAGUCGAACCAGAAAUGCGUCGAGUCCCGUUCCGGUACGUCGUAUGCGACACCCAUUAUGGCGGGUAUCGCAGCGUUUCUUCUGCAGUAUGCACGGCUGCAUCUACCGGAGAGCACGGCGCUGGCGUUGAAGCGAAAGGAGAAGAUGGAGGCCUUGCUGAGGAGAUGUGCGGAGCGGGGGCCGAAUUAUGCGCCCAAGGACAGGCACUUCUACGUUGAGCUGAGUUUGAAUGACCAUAAUAUGUUUGGCGGGAAGCUGGAGGGGGUCAAUCAUGAGAUUUUGAAGGCAUUGAAAACAUAG